AUGGCUCGCGACAGCAUUGUAGUUGUAGGCGCCGGCGUUAUCGGGCUAAAUGUGGCCUUGGAGCUGUCAAAACGGGGAUAUGGACGUCAUGUCACGGUGAUAGCAAAGUAUCUGCCUGAAGACUCCCAUGUCAACUACACCUCGCCUUGGGCCGGGGCGAAUUUCUCGGGCGUUUCAGGCAACGACGCCAAUGCCUUGCGAUGGGACAAAGCAGGGUAUCUGACUCUCAUGAGACUGAUUGACGAACAAGCCGAAGAGGCGAAAUUCCUCAAGAAGACGGAGUCGAUUGAAUACUGGGAUGAAGAACCGUCGAUGGACAAGAUCCGGAGCGUAACCGAGUAUCUGCGUGAUGUUCAAGUCAUUCCGAAGGAGGAAUUACCGCCGAAUGUCGCGUUCGGUUUGCGCUUCACUACCAUCACGCUGAAUGCCCCGGCCCAUUGUUGCCACCUGCAGUCGUUGCUGUCACAGCCUAGAUAUGGCUCAGUACGAUUUGCGCGACAGGGAGUAACAUCGCUAGACGAUGCAUUCCUGUCAUCAAAUACUAAGCUUGUAUUCAACUGCAUCGGAAAUGCAGCGAAGACACUUCCCGGCGUCAACGACCAGAAGUGUUAUCCCACCAGAGGCCAGAUCGUCCUGGUAAAAGCACCCCAAGUCAACCAAAACACCAUGCGUCAUGGGAAGAAGUACGAGACGUAUAUCAUCCCACGGCCACUAUCAGACUCGACAGUAAUUCUCGGCGGAUACAUGCAGAAAGGCGACUAUGAAAGCCAAGUCCGCGAGGAGGAAACGCAGUCGAUUCUGCAUAGAACGGGAGAACUGCUACCGGCUCUUAAAUCCAACGAAACAAAUAUUCUCAAGGUUGCAGUCGGGUUUCGGCCGUCGCGAGAGGGGGGAGCUCGAGUGGAAAGAGAGCAGUUCAGCCCUGGCCAAACAGUCGUGCAUAACUAUGGAGCUGGAGGGACUGGAUAUCAGGCUGGCAUGGGGAUGGCGCAGGACGCAGUUGGUCUGGUACAGGAGGAGCUGAACUUGCUGCCGAUGAGCAAGUUGUGA